GGGUGCUGUCGAUCGUGAAGGUUCAGUUUAAAGUAGUAACAAAAUUAUUCAAGUUUUUAGUUGAUAUUCUUUUGAAUUUUUCAUUUUUUGCUGCGAAGUUAUUGUGAAACAAAACAAACACUCUUAAAUAUUUUGAAUGAGCGAAAUUCCACAAAUGUCUGUCGUUUUAAGAUCAAAAAGACUGAAAUAAAAUUUGUAUCUACUUAAAUAAAAAAAAAUUAUUAAUUUUAUUGAGCAAACAAAUUCGAAAGUAGAUCGCAGAGUGUAUGUGAAGUAAAGAAAUUGUACAAUAAAGUAAUAAAGAAGUUAAAAACAACGUGAAAAGAAAAAGUUUAAAAAUCAAGACAGAAAAACUUUUUUACUUACACGAAAUUAUAAUUUUCGCAAGCUUAAUUUAAAUAAAAUUUGUGACAAUUUUCAAAUCAUCAUUUUUGUAGGUGAAAUAUUUUAAAGAAAUCUGUAUUAUCUCGCGUAAUUUUGCUGAUUCGUGCUAAAAGAUAAAUUAUGAUAUUGUUCAACAAACGAAUUCAGUAACUUCUGAGCAUCAGGACAGACAUCAUGAAACUUAAACAUUUGAAUUAUCAUCAAAUUAGUGCCUUAAUUAAGAAAGAUGUCUUGGUUAGACUGAGACAGCCAUGGAUGACCAUUAUUCAGUACAUUUGGCCUUGUGGAAUAUUUCUUGCAUUGUACAUAUUAAGAUUAAGAUUUCAACCACAUAAUUACGACGAUUGUCAUUUUCCCACGCGACAACUUCCAUCUAAUGAGUUGUUGCCAUUUUUCCAAAGUUACAUCUGUACAAUUGAGAAUCAAUGUACAAGUAUUAAAGAGUAUGAAGAAGUAACAACUCCGUAUUGCAAACAACUUUAUUUGGAUGUCACGAACACGAAUAAUGGAAAGAUCACUUGGAAGCUUCUUAAGCCCAUAAUUCAAGGAAAAAUCAUUUAUGGCCCAGAAACUGAUGAAACGAGAGAAAUUAUUUCAUAUGGGAAUAAAACUUUGAAUGAAAUGAAUAAUCUGCGAGAGUUUUUCAGAGCAAUUGAAACGAGUAUUAAAAUGUUGAAAACUGACAAAGAGUUUCGUGCGAAUUUUGAUAGUUUAAUGAAUUUAGCGAAAUCUCCAUUUGUUCAAGCAAUCUUAGGUGGUGCUGUGGAUGUUGAAACGAUCGAAUCUGUGCUUUAUUCAAUCAUUAAUGACGAUCGAAUAACUGAAGUCGUUGAAACAGUUGGAAAGAUUUUCGAAUGCUUUUCGGUUGAUCGAUUCAUACCUGUGAAAAGUGAACAAGAACUUGAAGACGUCGCCUUUGAGUUGGCCAAAAAGAAGCUUUUUUAUGCUGGAAUUUAUUUUCUUAAUGAUGGAAGAACAAACGAGACAACUUAUAAGUUGAGGAUGGAAACUGAUAAUUCACCUGUGACAAUUGAAAAUAAAAACAGAUUUUGGUUUCCUGGACCUGAAGGAAGUUUUGAACUUGACAUGCGUUACCAUCGAGGAUUUAUUGAAAUACAAAACUCUAUCGACAUUGGCAUCAUGAAAUACAAGAAGAAGAAACAACUUGAAGAGUCGAACAGCUUGGAAAGCACUGACGAUCUUGACUUCAGUGAUCUUCAAUUUGAUGAUCAAACAGACAGAAGUUCAAGCAAAACAUCGAGUGAAAGUGACGAAUCUGAUGAUUUUGGUGGACUAACACUUGACGAUAAUGGAGACUUCGACGAUGCAAAUAAAUCAACCGUAACAAUUCCGCCAAUUAAUAUUUCACCUGAUAUAAACUUUGCUGACAUCUUCAAAUCUUUUCAAAACAAGAUUAACAUUUCAAAUGACGAUGUUGAAAAGUAUGCUGACGAUGGAGAUUUUUGGAACUUUGAUGACGAUGAAAGUGAUGAUGUGACCUCAACAACAAAUGGAGCAAGUACUGAGAAUUCCAAUGAACAAGAAACGACUUUACCAACAUUAUCAAGAGAGAAGAGACAACUCGAAUCGAUUCUUAGUAUGUUAGGAAUCGAAAAUGUUGCAGCAAAACAAAAUAAAAAUCAAGUCAAAUUUGAUGUCGACGACAUGAAGUUCUUCACUAAACAAUUUCCAUAUCCAAAGCAUCGACGAGAUCCUUUCAAAAAGGGAUUAUAUCUGGCACAAGCUAUUCAAAUGGCAUUUUUCUUCGCUCUCAUCAUUCACAUUUCGUCUUCUGUCCGACAGAAAAUUUGGUUCAAGGAAUCUGGAAAUUUGUCGCUUAUGAGAACAAUGGGAUUACAAGAAUCAUCAGAAUUAAUAUCGUGGAUUGUCGUGACAUUCUUUGAACUCGCGAUUGUAUUUUUAGUCGCAGUGAUUAUCUUGUACACCGGUGGAAACAUGGCGUACUCCAACAAACUCUUGAUUUAUCUUUACCUCAUCAUAUUCGGACUUUGUGUGAUCUCGUUCAGCUUUAUGUCAUCGACAUUCUUCUCAACUGCAAGCAUCGGUUCUGUGUCGACUGUGAUUUUAUUCUUGAUGACUUUCUUACCUUACAUCAUCAUCAUUUCCCUUGGAGCUGUUCUAAGCUCGUUUGGAAAGUUCCUUGCAAGUUUAUCGCUGUCAACAGCAUUUUGUUAUGCAUGGCAUUACAUUUUCCGAAUUGAACUGCAAGAGAAAGGUGUAAACUUUUCAAAUGCUUUUGCUGGAGAUUUUACAGAAAAUGAUUUUAAAUUUGGAGUCAUUAUGAUCAUCUUUGACAUCUUUCUUUAUGCUUUCAUUGGGUAUUUGGUUCAAAAGUUUACAACAGAUGAUUUCAAAUUCUAUAAGGCUGAUAGAAGAAACCUCGGCACUGAAUUAGGUGCACAAAUUAUUAAAGCAACUAAGAUUUAUGAUGGCUGUGAUCCAAACAAACCAGCAGUUGAUAAUGUCUCAUUAUCAUUCAAAAAGAAUGAAAUUUUAUGUUUAUUAGGACGAAAUGGUGCAGGAAAAUCAACGAUAAUUAAAUUAUUAACUGGUCAACUUCUGCCAAGUUUUGGUGAAAUUCACCUUCCACUGGACUAUGAUUUAAUAACUGGAUUUAGAAAUCCACAUGAACAUAUUGGAUUAUGCUCACAAAAUAAUAUUUUAAUUCCCAGUCUAACAGCUGAAGAACAUUUGGAACUUUAUGCGAAGAUGAAGCUGAAGAAAGGAUUCCGUAAGGAAGUUCGUCGUGUCAUGAACAACAUGAAACUUGGAAAGUACAAACAUUACAAAGUAAAUGAACUGUCGGGUGGAUAUAAAAGAAGAUUGUGCAUUGCAAUUGCUUUCCUAGGCUCUCCAAACUUGGUGAUUCUUGACGAACCUUGCAGUGGAAUUGACACGCAUGCAAGAAAAAAUAUUUGGGAAUUGAUUGAAGCUUUACGUAAGGAUCGGGCAGUUGUACUUGCGACUCAUGAUUUAGAUGAAGCUCAACAUUUAGGUGAUAGUAUUGUUAUUAUGAAGGAUGGACGAAUAGCACUUGAAUCGAAUACAAAAGAUCUUCACAAAGAAUUGACGAAGAAUUUCACUGUCAAUGUUGAACUUAAAGCUUCUUUGUCGACUGAUAAAGAUGUUGCACUUGAUGUGAAGAGAGUGAUUACGAACAAUACCACUAAAGCUCCUGCGAACAUUACCUUAAAUGAUUGCAAUUUAUCAGCCGUCAUUCCAUAUUUAGAUGACGAAGGAAAAGUCAUUGACUACGCGGAAAUGUUCAGAGAACUUGAAAAGCUUCAAAAUGAAAAGAAAGUUCUAAACUUCAACGUGAUCAGUAAAACUUUAGAUGAUCUUUAUAAAAGCGUUGAAGAUGAAAACGUUGCUGCAACGGAAGCAAAUGGACAUUCAAAUCAUAACAACAAUAACUUGAUGGAAACGAUUGAUUUGAGAAAAACUGUUAACGGAUUGCAAAAUCAAGAAAGAGAUGAAGAACGCUUUGUAAGCUUGUCAUUUAGAGAGAAAGUUUUAAAUCUGUUCCGAAAAAGAUUUCUUCACUUCCGUCGUAAUUUUAAGCUGAUUAUGUGCAUUUUGGUUUUGCCAGUGAUAUUCCAGAUAAUCGCAAUGGGAUUUUUAAAGAUUCGACCUCCAGGAGAUUUUGAUAAUGCGAUUAUAUUUAAUCGAUCGCUUUAUCCAAACUCUGUUGAAUUUUAUACCAAAGAAAAUAUGAAUGAAUUUAGUGAAACUGUUCAUGACGACUUCGUUGAAACAUGCGCCAUCAACGACAAUUGUAAUUUCUUUGAUUCUUCAAAAGAUUCGUUUGAUUGGGUUUUAAGAACUCAUGAAGACUACAUUGGACGUCGUUAUGGUGGAGUGUCAUUUAACGAUACAAGAUCAAUUGUUUGGUAUAACAACAAAGGAUAUCAUUCAAUGCCACUUUAUUUGAACUUAUUGAAUUCAGCUGUUCUUAGAAGUGAACUCAAUCAUUCAUCGUAUAACAUCAAAACUUAUAAUCAUCCUCUCAAGUUGGGAGAAGGCGAACUGAGUGUGUCUUCAAUACUUCAACAAGUGGCUGACAGUGGAAUUUCGUUGAUACUUCUGAUAUCAUUCAGCUUGGUUAUAUCAGGUGCUUCAGUUUACAUUGUAAACGAGCGUGUUAAUGGCGAAAAAUUACAACAGAAGCUUGCAGGUGUUAAUUUCAAAACUUAUUGGAGUGUUGCAUUCAUUUGGGAUUACGUUAUUUACACAAUAGCAAUUGGUUCGGCUGUUGUUGUAUUUAAAAUGUUUAACAUUCCAGUUUACGUCGAAAAAGAUAAUCUCAUGGGUAUUGUUAUGUUGUUAUUCUUCUUCGGAUUCGCAGCCAUUCCAGGAGUUCAUUUAGUGGAAAAACUCUUCAGUGAAGCAAGUUUUGCUAAUAUGACAAUUUUCUGUUUGAAUGUUAUCAUCGCUUUAACGACAAUGACAUCAAUUAUACUGUUCGAUGUUCUUGGCGAGACAGAUCGACAAGAACAGAUCAGAAACUUCUUAAAUCGACUUUACCUUAUAUUCCCCCAACAUGCUUUGUCCGAUGGUUUAGUUGAGAUUUCGAGAAAUUAUAUAAAAUCAAAGUUAUUCAUUCGUUAUUACAUCGACACGUAUCAAUCUCCAGUCAGUAGUGAUCUUUUGCGACCACACUUCAUAUCACUUGUCGUCAUGGGAACAUUCUUUAUAAUCAUUAACUAUGUCAUUGAAAGUGGAAUAUUUUGGAAAAUCUUCAAGGAAAAAUCAAACGACACGCAUCAUGAAAUCAAAGUUGUGACGAUUCAAAACAGUUUAACAAAAGAAUUUAACAAAACUAACGAACCGAUGAAUUAUAUUGUGAAAGUGGAUAAUUUAAGCAAAAGUUAUAACAAAGAAAGUUAUGCUAUUGCUGAUAUCUCAUUUAAAGCCAAUGCUGGUGAAAUGAAAAGAUAUUCAGGGACAGUUGAAUAUGCGAGCAGAAAUGGAUGUGAUGUGUCUUAUUGUCCACAAACGAAUGCUUUGGAUAUGUUGUUGACUGUUGAAGAAAUUAUCUUCUUCUAUGGAAAGCUCAGAAACAUUAAAGAUUUGAAUAAUUUGUUGAAAUCAACUCUUGAUAGUUUUCACCUUCGUCCUUACAAAAAUAUUCUUGUGAAGAAUUUGAGCGGUGGAAAUCGAAGGAAAUUGAGCGUUGCGUGUGCGUCAUUUGGUGACUUAAGUUUGGUGUUAAUGGAUGAACCAACUUCUGACAUGGAUCCUCUCACAAGAAAUCUCGUUUAUAAAACUAUUCGUGAAUUAAAUGAUAAUAAUUGCUGUGUGGUUUUAACUUCACAUAGCGUUGCUGAAAUUGAGAAGCUUUGUCACUCGUUGGGCAUUUUAGUUGACGGAACAAUGUGUGCUUCAGGUACACCAGAAAGCUUGAAGAAACAAUUUGGAAAUCGAUAUGUUGUGACGAUGUUAAGUGAAAAACCUUUUGACCAUCAAUUUGAAACUAAAAAAUACUAA